AUGAAGCUCAACUCCAUCCUUGCUGUCGUUGGUGGUCUCGUCGCGCUGACCUCAGCCGCUCCCACUGCAGCUGAGGCCCCAGAUGCCUUCCAGGGUCUUAGCGAUCGUUCCACCCAGACCUGCGGCGACUGCUUCAAUACCUACGUCGAUUGCUGUGCUCAAGACCCGAACAACAAACAGCAUACCGCGGACUGCGCCUACCUCACCUGCUUUUGGGGUGGCCAGGUGUGCCAAGAUUGCGGAUACAAGGACUGCCUCAGCAAGCGUGAUGCCGACAAGGCCAUAGAAGAGCGUAAGUCACUCGAAGCGCGCAAGGCUUUAGAGGUGGCCACCACCGCUCCAUCCAUCGCAAACGAGGCCACUGUUGCCCAGGAUUGCCGCCCAUGCGUCAACGCCUUGAUCCAGUGCCUCAAUGUUAAACCCCACGACAGACGCUGGUGCAUACAGUGCAACGUGCUGCUCCAGGAGCUUGACCAUUGCUCGACAUGCGGACCGGCUAUCUGUCCGAAAGAGGACUCGGCAUAGAGGCUCUUCUCUGGAUUCUCUUUAUUCUCUUGAUUUGCUCACUGCUCGUAUCCCUCGCGGAGACGGUCCGGCUGGCAUGGGAUGCACCUUCAUGAGAGGUGUUUGGGGUUUCGUCUUCAUCGG